AUGAUGGAUAAUGCUUCCAUAACAAACCCCCGCACCGUGUUCCCGCAGGGCCCCAGCUUCUCCUUGGAGGACUUCUCCAGUCAGGACUUCAUCGUCAAGGAGUUCAUCGAAGCCCUCUCCGACACAGCCACCUCCACCCGACGCUCCAUCACAAACACAGGGAACCAAACAUUCGAUCCGAAGCCUCUGAUUCGCACAUUUGAAAGCGCCCAGCGCCGCUUGGGUGAACUCUCCGGCGAUCUCGAGCUUCGCGAAAAUGAACUGUCGGCCGCGGUACGCCGCGCAGAAGCGCAACACGGCCAGAACCUCAACACGCUUGGCCAGAAACUCCGACACACCAUCGAGUCGUUCCAGCAGCUGGACACGUCAUUGAAUGGGCGUGAUGCUGGUGGCACGGGAAAUAUGGCGGUCGAGACGGGAAAGAGACUGGAGGAAUUGGACCGGCAGCGACGAAGAGCGCUCGACGCGCAUUUCCUGAUCCAAUGCUGGGACGGAGUGUCGAACCGAGGGGACUUGUCGCUACUGGAGGGGCUGCGGAGGUCAGGGACGGGCGAGGCGAAGGUCCGCUCGGCGCACAUUGCGCGCCAGCUGCUGCGGAUCAGCCAGCGAUUGGAUGCCCAGAGCUGGCAGGAGCAUGCGUCGAACGGUUAUGGGAGCUCCUCCGAUGAUUUGAGCGAGAGCAGUACCCCGCGACGGAAUACAAGAGAGAUCAUUGAGAAAUUCUCAGAAACAUUGGAGAAAGAUCUAUUGAAGCAGUUCGAUGAUUUCUAUCGCAAGGCGAACUUCGAUGGGAUGCGAGAUUGUGCGACUGUUCUACAGGACUUCAAUGGUGGAGCGAGCGUGAUUGCUCUCUUCGUGAACCAGCACCAGUUCUUUAUUGAUCGCAGCCAGCUGGUCACCGAGGAGGUUGGCGGGGAUUCGGAAUCGUGGGAGAAACUCGCUGAUCCAGAUGCCGAGCUCCCCGGCGUGGAGUCCAGUUUGCAGUCGUUGAUAGACGAAGUGAAGGUGGUGGUGCAGGAAGAAUCCGCAAUUAUCCGGCGGGCGUUCCCCUACUACGAGCAAGUGCUGGGCAAAUUCCUGCAGCGGGUCUUCCAGCAAUCAAUCCAGCAGCGUUUAGAGAUGGUCUUGGAGAAGGCGUCCGGUGCAUCCUCCCUGGCGUUCCUUCGCUGUCUGCAAAGCUCUAGGGGCUAUGUCAGUGCUUUGAUCGAAGAUCUGAAGCAGCACGGAUUGACCGAGCACCCAGAUCCUGUUUCGUCCCACACGGCAAUUUUACUGGACCAACAAUUGGAGGAACUGUUUGUUCCCUACUUUGUCGGAUCGUCAUAUAUCGAACGCGAGAAGCGCACUUUAGAAGAACUCUUCCAAGCACUUCUGUUCCGGUUCACAUCAUAUCAUGCCCGACGAAAGAAGGCCGCAACAACGUUCAUGGCCUCUAUCCGAGCUGGGUCUGAGCUUCUGUCUACCACACGAGAUGCCUUCAUCAAUCGCUUGGAUUCACCGGAGGUAUCACCAAUUCAGCGCAGAGUCCUGCUCAGCGUGGCCAAGGUCGGUGACACGCUCGAGACCACGCGCUUGACCGAGAUCAAACUCACUGAAGAAAAUGGACAACCAAACCUUGGAGAUGCGAAACGAAUGCUCAAAUGGUUGGCCGAGGCCGUGGGUCGCGGUCUGGAACUGAGUGUCAACAGCGACACUCCUAAGGAUGUAUCUGCUCUGCUGAGCCUGCUUCUUAUCACAAUGGGAGACGGGUACGUGGAUGUCUGCCUGGAUGCCGCUCUGGAAGUGGCUACCGCGCAGGAGUCCGGUAAAGCCGAGCCUGACUUCUCCUACCUCCUCUCGGUGCGAACUAUAAUCAGCAUCACUACGUUGAUGGUCAUGUGUGUGCACGCAGUGUUGCUCCCCCUUUCUGCUGGCAGCAUCACUACGCGCCGAGACAUGGAGAAGCGCACCACACAAACGACCUCGCGCAUCGAAGACAAAAUCAAUACCAUCGAACAGAAGACCAUCGACGCAACACUCGCAUGGGUCAGCAAGCUUCUCUCCGGUCAAAAGAAGAAUGAUUUCAGACCGCGUGAAAGCGAUAGCACAGCCUGGCUCGAGAUGCUUCAGACACCGACCUGCACUUCAAUCACCACCUUCCUCACUCGCCUUCACAACAUCGCUCGUACCUCGCUUCCAUCAAGCGGUGUCAACAUCCGCCAAGUUCUGACGGAAAUAGCCCUUGGUACGCGUCGCUUGUUACUGGAGCAUUUCAAACGCUUUGCCGUAAGUGGCCCCGGAGGUCUCAUGGUGACCAAAGACAUGACGCAGUAUGCCGAUUUGUUUAAAUCUUGGGAUAUCGACGACGAAGCCAAGGGCCCUGGUGGCGCGCUGGACGUGUUACUCGAGGUCGGCAGUCUAUUUGUGAUUGGUGUCGAAGCCCUAAGGGAAAGGAUCCGUGGCGGUGCUGCCAGCGGCACCACAGGCGGAUCGGGCGCGAGAAACGCCAGCCAAGAGGGCAAAUUGAGUGUCCAAGAAGUGAGAGCCUAUGUCUCUAGGCGCGAGGACUCAAACACGUUUGCCAUGCAGCAAGUUCUUAAUGCCCUUUAA